CUUGCACAUGUGGAAUGGUUCACGCCAUUCGGGCAGCCUGAAGCAAACCAUGGUUUGUAUAAAAUUUCCCGCCUCAUUCGUAAUGGAGAGUGUCUGGCAAGCAUCAUUGACAUUUCUGAUAUUCGCAGGAGUGUACAUCUUAUUCCAAAAUUCGGCCCUGUAGUACCUCGUGAAUGGACCAGUAGUACCGUUCUGGAGCUUUGUUCUACCUUCUUCGUAAACUCGUUCAGCGACAGGCAUGCUUAUUUAACUAUUAUCUGA